UCGGCGGCGGCGGCGGCGGCGGCUGUGAGAGCGGAGAUGAUCUGAAGAUGGAAAGAGCCAGGCGAAGGGGCGGCGGCGGCGGCGGCGGCCGGGGCGGCCGCGGAGGCAAGCACGUAGGGGGCCCCGGCCUGGGCAAGGCGAGGCUCUACCCCCAGGCCCAGCACGCCCACUACCCCCACUACGCCGCGGCGGCGGCGGCCACCCCCAACCAGGCCGGGGGCGGCGCCGCCGAGAUCCAGGAGCUGGCCUCCAAGCGGGUGGACAUCCAGAAAAAGAGGUUUUACCUGGACGUGAAGCAGAGCUCCCGGGGCCGCUUCCUCAAGAUAGCCGAGGUGUGGAUCGGGAGAGGCCGGCAGGACAAUAUCCGCAAGAGCAAGCUGACCCUCUCCCUGUCGGUGGCGGCCGAGCUCAAGGACUGCCUGGGGGACUUCAUCGAGCACUACGCCCACCUGGGCCUCAAGGGCCACCGGCCCGAGCACGGCCACGGCAAGGAGCAGGUCCCCUCCAGGAGGAGGCCCAAGCACUCGGCGCCCUCGCCUCCGGUCUCGGUGGGGUCCGAGGAGCACCCCCACAGUGUCCUCAAGACAGACUAUAUAGAGAGGGACAACAGGAAAUAUUACCUCGACCUCAAGGAGAAUCAGCGGGGUCGCUUCCUGAGGAUCAGGCAGACCAUGAUGCGAGGCACCGGCAUGAUCGGUUACUUUGGCCACAGUUUGGGCCAAGAACAGACUAUAGUCCUCCCUGCACAGGGAAUGAUUGAGUUUCGAGAUGCCUUGGUUCAGCUCAUUGAAGACUAUGGCGAAGGGGAUAUCGAAGAAAGAAGAGGCGGAGACGAUGACCCGCUUGAACUCCCCGAGGGGACCUCUUUCAGAGUGGACAAUAAAAGGUUCUACUUUGAUGUGGGCUCUAAUAAAUAUGGCAUUUUCCUGAAGGUAAGUGAGGUGAGGCCACCUUACCGUAAUACUAUUACUGUUCCGUUCAAAGCGUGGACAAGGUUUGGGGAGAAUUUUAUCAAGUAUGAAGAAGAGAUGAGGAAAAUUUGCAACAGCCAUAAAGAAAAGAGAAUGGAUGGCAGAAGGGCCAGUGGUGAAGAACAAGAAUGCCUCGACUAGAGUGAAAUUGAACUCCACCAGGCAAAAAUUUAUAAUCAUAAAUUGGCUAUAAGUACUGAUCGAUUAUCAUUUGAAGAAAUUUUUCCUCCUUUGGCCCUUCAUUAUUAGUAAUACUUCUAGUAGUUUACAAUUCAAGAAGUCUGAUUCCCAUAUUAUGUUACACAUAGCUCUCUAUCAUUCUCAUGAGAAUUCCAACCUUCCCAGAGCGAAAUAGUUUAGAUGCUUCAACUACUCCUGACUAUUGAAGUAUGCAAAUCAGCACAAAAUGUGACAGUCUGACCUUUCAGUACCGUAACUAAGAUUUACAUUGCUCUAUGACAUAAUCUUGAAAAAAGGUACAUACAUACUUAAUAUGGAAGAGUGAAUUUCCAUUUUAACAAAUUCCCCAAAAGCAUUCCAUUUCUACUUCAUAUCUGCUAAGCGUACCUGUAGGACAGUUACCACAGAAACAGAAAUUAACCUCAUUAUAAGUAUGUAUUAAUAAAAGUACAAAUAGAAAUACAUUAUCCACUGGAUAACUAUUAAAGAUCAAAUAUUAUUAGAUAAUUAACCCUUCAAAUACAGUAUCAAAAUAUUUCUUAAGAAUUACUAUAAUAUUCUAUGAUUUCAAAUUUUGUGGUAACCCUACAGCUUAUAGUUGUGGUAUCAUAGCCAUGGGAAAGUUUUAAUUGGUUAUUCUAAGCCAGUUAUCUCUGUUGUACCUUAUGGUUUGACUGUCUUUCCAAAGUUUCAGGAAUUACAGUGACAUCACAUUUGAAUGGGAGGCUUCAUCCAAAGGCUUUCUGUGGAAAUCUUGGUAUUACAGCAUUUUGUGGUAAUUUGGAGCUUGCAAUAGGUUUUUCCCUAAAACAUAUCAUGGACUGAAGGUAUUAUUUAUUAUGAUUCUUCUUUAACAGUCUUUCAGAAGGGUUGGUGCACCAGUUCAUGGAUAUAAAAAUAUGCCUGUAAUAUUUUAGUCACACUUUUGCAGUCGUUGCUUCUAAAACCAUGUCAAGCUUAAAAUAUAAACCUGACUUUUACAAAUGCUUUUAAUUCCCGAAGAAAAAAGAAACUUUUUUUUUCAAAAAACAGACUACAGAUUUUCAGUCUGAGGAAAAUAUAUGGAGAUAAGAUUGACUAUAAAUAUUUAAAAGGAAAAUUCAGGCAUUUUCCAAGGUGCUCAUUAUGAUACUUAAAGAGGUUUACUUUAUAAAAGAUUACCUGUACUUAAAAUUAUUCUCCAGGAAGAACCAAAUCAAUUUUUCAACACCUAAGCAAUUUUUUGAACAAGUAGAUUUAGUAUAUGUGUGUACCAACCCAUUCAACCUUACAUCAGCUGACUGAAAUUUUAACUAUUGGGCUACAUUUUUUUCUGAAUGAAAUCAAUUGUCUUUUAUCUUGGCUUUACUUAUCUCCCACGUUGUAAGUCCGUAUAAUUAUGUUUUAUUGACAGAUUACUGACUUCAGUCCCCCAAAUAUAACUUAUUGAUGAGAGAUAGUUCCAUGAAUUGGGAUCAGAUUAUAGCUAUUCUUUGAUAUGGUAUACGAACUUCAAAAUCAUUUUAACAACUUUUCUCCAGAAAAUUAUCCCCAUAUACAUUAAAGUAAGGUCACAAAGAAAACCUUACAGAAUAAAUUAAGCAUAAUAAUUUUACUUAAGGACAAGUGUUCAGAAACCCAGACGUUUAUACUGGCAUGGGUUUGCAGAUUCUAUUUUACAUUUCCUCCAGUAUUAUGAAGGAAUCUCAGUUCAUUGUAACUGUGGACCAUCUCGAUCACUAUGGAACAACUGAAAGAUGGAAGGCGAUGUUAGUACUUGAGUUAAUAGCACAUGGUGGGUGUUAACAUCAUAAAAGCAGCAAAGAUUUUUAAACAGUCGUAACUGUAAAAUAACUGUAGGCUUGCUAAAAAGUAGUUUUUGGUAUAUGAAGGAGUGAUGUGCACUUGAAUUACUGUACUACUGAUUGUUACUGCUGCCCAUCAUAGUGCCUACUAAUAAUAAUCAACCUGUCAGAUUUUGGCACACUAGAGCUGUGAAUAUUCCAGCCGUCGAUUAUUCCUAUCACUAUUGCUAUAAGUGAAUGCUCUCUCAAAGUCUUUCUGUUUAAAAUAUUUAUAUCCAUUAGAACUAAAGGAUUUCUUUUUUGGUUUUUAUUUUGUCUGAAAAGAUUUGAGAGUGCAGGUGUAUAUGUAUCUUAUAGAUGUAUAUACACAAUACUAUGUCAGACUUAAAGAUAAAUAUCUUAAAUUCAUUGUAUAUACCUACUAUUAGUUUAGUUUUGCAUUGAUUAUUUAACAAUUAGUUAAAAGCCAAAUUUUCUACCUUGUUUGUAUACUUCCAAGGUAUUACCAUCUCAUAGCUACAGAUGCUUAUAUACUGGCAAUUGAGUAGACUAUAGAAUCAUUAAAGCUUCUAUCACUUCUUUUAUUUUACCUUUUCAUAGUUAAUGUAUUCAUUGAAAAAUGGAAUUGAUUCUAUGAUUUUUUGAUACUUAAAAUUCCCAAGAAUUCAUUAGCCAUAAUUAUGAUCCAAUUCAAACCUCUGGUAUUAGGACAUGAAUUGCCAUGUAUCUUAUAAAAUAAGCUAUUUUUAUCUGUGCAAUAUAAAUUUUAUUUAUUGUCAUUUGUAACAUAAGUGGAACUACAAGUGCACAUGAUAUUCUUUAAAAUAACGGGAUCCUGACCUUGGAGACGUUAAACUCUUAAGGCAAAUGGGUGUUAGAAGUGAAAACUGAGCACUAAUGUUAGUAACCAAAAUAACUAUUUCAUUAUCUAAUGCUAAAACAUUGAUGAUGUUUGCACAUAAUAAUUUAAGCAUAAUGUGGUACAGAUCAAACUGUAAUAAUAUAAGCUAAUUGUAUGAAAUUUGAAAACGGGUUCUCAUAGUAGUUGGCAGUGUGCUCCUAGCAAUUGAAAGCAGCACUAAUCUGUUGCUUAUAUGCAAAAGAUGCAAUGUAUUAUAAAGGUAUUAAAGUUCUGCCACAUUUUAUAAUUUUCCUUGUUAAAGCCCCAAACUGCCAUGUCCCUUAACUUGAGUCAAACACAAGCAUAUUUGCACUAAAGAGCAUGGCCAAAAAAAAUAAUAAAUGACAGGGUGGAAAGGCUAGUUGGAACCUCUUGAAAUAGUUGGUUCUAAUGGGAGAAUUUCACAUUUGUCUAUUUGAAAGCUGUAUGGUCCAGGCAGACAAUCUGUCAGUUCACUAAUUUAAUAAUGCACUUUACCUUUUUGUAUAUAGAAGAUGUACAUUUAUGCCACUUGACAGGUGGGAUGUGUUUCAGUAACUGUGUAGUUAGAAUCUGUAGGGUGAUCUCUUGCAUGUAUGUUUGUGUUGGAAUUGUUGUAACAGGUUUCCAUUUAAUCAGUGUAAUGGAGAAAGGUAGGAGAUGCUUUUAAAACAGAUUCCAAUGUAUUUAAAAAAAUUGAAGUAGACUUCAUAUUUGUACUCAUAAGGACUAGAAUAUAUAUAAAACUAUGUCUGAUCCAUAUUAGUAUUGCAGUUGAGACUAUAUCUACAUGAGACUCCCUAUACUACUCUGAAAGUUAAUUUUGAGAAUUUGUCCAGAUUUUAAAGAAGUAAUGAUUCUAUUUUAUUGUUGAAAUGUUUAAGUAACUAAUAAACAGUAAUGGUACUAUACCAAACUUGAAAAUAUGGUUAGGUAAUUUUGAAAAAAUACACAGACUGAAGAAAUAAAGUUUCAAGUUAAGGAAAUACAAAGAGCCUAAUACUUUACCAAAGUAACUAUAAUGUUUCAAAUUUUUCAGAAGUAUUAACCUUGGCCAAGUAAAAAGGGUAAUGGAGGAUUUAGUGUAUCCUUCCAUCCUAAAAAUUUCCUAAGAUGUACAUUUGAAACUUAACAACAGAUUGUAUGUACUUUACUGAGAAACACUGUGUACUAACAUUUCAUCAAGAGUGUGCUAUAUUUACUUCAUUUUAUAUCUACAGAUAAGAAUACAUUAUAUAAUCAUCCUAUCUUAAUAUAAUCAUGUAUUUAUAUUGUAAUUUUGCAGAUAUUUUCAGUAAGAUAAAUAUUUAUCUGCACAAUUUGAAGAUGAAAUUAAAAUACACCCUCAGAUACUCAUUUUAAUAAGCAGCUACCAUUGAAAAUUGUUGUAUGUAUUGUCAUUCCUUUAAACUUUGUUUUAUAGUUUAUUUUACUAUUUAAAUGAAUAUGGCUUAAUUUGAAUCCUAAUUGGUUGUCUGAAAAUAAGGUUUUUCAUGUGUGAGAUAUAUUUUUCCUGCUUGUUUCCAAAACGGCUUUCAUUGAAACUGUUUAUGAAAUCCUCUUCCAAAAGGGCUUUGCUUAAGCAUCACUUAAUUGGAAAUCUUUACCAAGACAUCUUUUGGUAGGAUAUU